UUUGCGACACCGAAAAUCGGUCAUUCCGACUUCUACAUCAACCGGCCAUUUGAGCCUCGCCGCUCCUGGGCUCUGCUGUCUCCAGUCUCCCGCCUCAUUCCCUCCUCUACUCGCGCCUCAUAAGCACAGUCUGCAAGCAGCGCUGCCUAGCUUUCUCUCUCUCCAUUCCAAGGUAUCGACAGCGCUGUUCAAGAGUAACCCCGCCACCAAAAAUGCCGAUGACAUUGACGAGGAAGCAGAGAAAGAAGUUCAUUGUACGUAUCGUUCUCUUCAAGUGUCAGGACUUAGCGGCCGCAGACCUGGACAUGGUUGGUGGCAAGAGCGACCCGUACGUAGUAUUCACGCUGGAAGGCGUGACGAGGAAGAGUUCGUGCAUCAUGAACGACCUCAACCCGCAGUGGUCGCCCCCUGAGAAGUUCGAGUUUGAAGUGGACGAAUGGGAGAACCAGUUCCUAAUCGCCCAAGUGUAUGACUACGAUCGGCUCAGCAAAGAUGACCUUAUCGGUUCGGCGGUUAUUCCCCUUGCGCUCUACGCUGGGGACCGGCACUGCGAGAUGUACAGCUACCCGCUUGUGCUGCCCGAUGAGGUGGGCGGCUUGGGUGCACCCAAGAGCGACCUGUUCCUGCAGAUCAGUCUGACGACCAGCGAUGGUAGCCCCGUUGAGUAUUACUAUUAGGACCGGCCGAAAAAAAUGAAGCCGACGCAAGUAUAUGGAUGGUAUUAGCCCCUCGGCGUUCAAGGGGGAAGAAAGCGGAGCGUUUUUAAUUGGCAAUAUAGCAGCUCCGAAUGUCAAUCGCCUGUAGUAGAUGCUAUUACCAUAGUCUUUAUUGUACGCUACUGCGACGGCG